AUGCGGCCUAGUGGUGCUAGCCAUGCGGAUAUUGUUAUGCAUGCUUUGGAAGAGUAUAAACAAAAACAUGGUCGAAAAAAAUUUGGCUACGAGCACGUAUGGGCCAUUGUGAAAGACCUUCCAAGUUGGCAACCCCAAUUUGUAGCUCGUCAAAUCUCCUUAAAUACACCUUCCACCAAUCAAACAUCAAGUGGAAGUACAACAAGUACUGCAAGUGGUAGCGAAGAAGUUUUUCCUAGACUAAUGGGGAAAAGAGCAUCGAAAAGAAAAGCCAAAGAACGCUACUCCAACAAUGACGAUGAUGAUGAUAUCCAUGUAUCAUUAGAAAAACAAAGAGAAUUGUUGGAAAGAUAUCAAAAAUUGAAAAUGGAAAGCGAUGAAAGGAAAAUGAAGUGGAAAGAAUGUAAAGUCUUAACGAGAAACACAACGGGUAUGACGAAGGAACAACUUGCAUUGCAUGAAGAGUAUUGUAACGAUAUUAAACAACGUCGGCAAAAUACACAAGGGCCCUAA